UGGGGGAGGUGCAACAACGCCCUGUUGGAGGUGUUACGGUUAUAGAGCUCAGUAAAGUACAUCUUCUGUAAUGAAUUGAGGAUUUCAGCUCCAGUUCAGAAAAUGUGGAGAAUCUGGAUCCUUCUCUGCUCUGCUCUUUUGGCAGAGUCACAAAAUGCCGAUUAUGUGGAUGUGCUUUUUGGACAUCAAUUGUCCAUCAGGAUGCCAUCGGUGCGGUCAGACUCACUGGAGUUUACAUCUGCGGAUGAAACCCAGCAUUACACUAUCUGGUCCAAGGUUGUUAGCAAACGGGGAUCAGUGAUAGGAUCCGGAGAUGAUAGGCGAUUCGUAAUUUACUCUGUGACUUUUGAUGAUCAAGGAACCUACACUCGGAAGAACUUCUGGGACAAAGUGACGGCUGUCACCAAGCUUAAGGUUUUACCCAAAAGAUCUUCUCGCGACUGCGUGGCUGGUGAGACUCUCAGAAUUUCUCUAGAAGGCAUACGGAGAGAUGAAGCCAGUCUGAGGUUCUCCAGAGAUAAUGAGAACCUCAUGCUGGUGGAUCGAGGCUCACCUGUGAGGGAUCAUCCUGACUACAUCGGUCGGGUAAAAGUGACCACCAACAGUAUCGAGGUGCUCAACGUCAAUGUUACAGAUGAGGGCAACUAUACACUCUUUGAUGGUAAAAAUCGCAAGGCUGUGACCAUCAGAAUGUUCAUUGUUGAUCAUCAUCCUCCUAAUCAUGCUCCUUUCAUGGCUCUUUUGCUGCUACUGGGCAUACCAGCUGGAGUUUGUUGUUGCUGCAGGAAGAGGAUCUGCAGAAAGAACAGUCAGGCCACGGCUACGACUACAGUGCAGUCUCACAAUGUGGUAGUCCCUCCAGGGCCUCCACCUGAUUACAACACCCCUAUGGUUCCUGCUGGCCCAGGCCCGAUGUACACUCCUGGCUAUCCUGCUCCAGGUGAGAGUCAAGUCCAUCCUCCUCCUAACCCUGCAUAUCCAGUGCAGCCACAGUACGGUGGGCAACCUGCCAUGCCCCCUAACCCUAUGUACACUCCUGGCUGUCCUGCUCCAGGUGACAGUCAGAUUCAUCCUCCUCCUUCUAACCCUGCAUACCCCCCACUGCCACAGUACGGUGGGCAACCUGCCAUGCCCCCUAACCCUGGCUUUGCUCCAGUGAUGUAUAAUGCCCCUGCUGGCUCUGAGAUAGGGGGAAAUAAAGAGGGAAUAAAGAUGAGUGAACUGUCUCCUGCUGCUCCUCUACUCGGGCCAACUAAUACUGAGGUGGGACCACCUCAGGCACCCUAUCCUAGCACGGACGUCCUCAACUCCUCCAACCCCACUGUUCAAUACAACAGCUCCAACUACAAUUUCCUGUAGUUACUCCAGCCUUUGCUCUACCUCUCAGAGUUCUCACCUCUCACCAGAAGAAACAGGAACUCAGACAUUUUACAAACAACUCAUAAUUCUCCUCACUGUUUAACACUCAGGUUCAUCAAAUUAAGAAAAUAAGCAUAUUGUCUUGGGGAGGAAGAGUACCGGUAAUUUAAAGAGGCAUUUGAGUACUUAUCUUGGCCUUAUAUUACUAGAAAUAAACAUAUCAGUAGAAAAAGGAGUUCAACAGUGAACUCAUUGAAUAUGGACUGCUUUAAUCUAAUAAUGAAUGAAACUAUUCAGUCUACAGUGCUGCCUUACAACAAAACAACAACCAAACUCACAUUUGAGUUGAGGUUCACUUGAAGCUGUACAGCAUUUCUGUUGUUACUUUCUCUGUUUUAAGUUGCAGUGCAAAAUUUUCUGUUACAAAUAUGUUCCAUCUUGUUUAUGUAGAUAGUGUAAGCAUGUAAAUGUAACAUAUUGCACUCUGAUACGGUCCAGGAAAAUUGUCAUAUCAAAGAUUAAACCUUCAUAGGUUCUGCUAGGUUAGUUGUCGUACAUGGCAUCUCAGCAGGUUACCACACCUCCUGUGAGUUGAAUUAGUGGUGUAACAACAGGUAAAAUACAAAACUGUGUUAGCAUAAAUUGGCGAUAUAAUACGUAUCAUGAUACAGUGCAAUAUAUUGCAAUACUAUAAGCAAGAAGAUAUAUUACUGUUGUUUAAAUUACAUUUUUACAAAAAAAAAAACUCAUAGUAUAAAAAUAAUAUUAGUACCUAAUUAAUUAAGUCUAAAUAAAAUUAAAGUUAACUUUUUAUUCAGAAUUUGAACAGUUGGCUCUAACGACUACACAAGUACAACACUGCCCUCUAGCUGUCAGGGUAUAAACACAAAACUAAACAAUCCACUGUCUGCCAACCUUUACAUAUAAAUUAUUAAUUAUAAUAAUUGAUACAGUAUUAAAAAACAAAAUAUCACAAUAUUAUUAGAUAUCUAUAUUUUAUUGCAACCUUAGUAAACACACAAUAUAUGUGAGCUAAAAGCAUUGUAUACACUCUUCCUUAUAAAAGCACUAAAAAAAAUAAAAACAAUAAAUAAAUCCGCUAGGCAUUAACCAAUUCAGUUGAGAUAUUUCGUGAGCUAAAUUUAAAAAAAGGUAUUAUUCAGUUCAGCGCUUCCUUACAGUGUAUUGUACCUCCCUCACAUAUACAUCUCUUAGUUGUACAUAUUGGUGCAUGUGGUUCUUGAUCCCCCUUUUAUGGCAGUUAUACUUAUACACACAGACACUGAGUUGCCAGUUUAUUAGGUACCUUUUAAUCUUUGGAUGCUGUUGUUGUUGUGUAGAAAUAAUAUAACAUACAGAAUUGAUUGGAACAUUAAAUGGUUGGAGAUUAUAACAUAAACAACAUAUAUAACAGUUUCGUAGCUUGGAAUCAGUGAAAUUGGUUGCCAACCAUACUGAAACUGCAGACAGUGAUAUAGUUGGGGAUUUGUAGAGCUGGUUAUAUUUUUUAUUUUACUUCAGGAGAGGAAGGGGGGAAUAAUAUGGUGGUAAGGUAAUCACUAGUACUGAGAUAUACCCUGCCCAAGAGGUUAGCCACCAUUAGGUUACUUAUGUGGGAGGAAAUCAUUAUCAUUGUCAUACUAAGGAAAUCUCCUCAGAGCUUUAAAGACAUCAUGGUUUGGUCAGGAAGCUUUUUAUAGUGGAAAAAGAUGUUCUUACCUUUCUGUGUAUCUUGCUGGUAACAUAAAGUCAUAAAAAGACAUAAAAUGUUGUUUGUACUAAAAUGUAAGCAUUAAACGUGCUAUUUUUUCUUACAGAGCAAAAUCACAGACACUAAAAGUUUUUAUUUUAAAAAAGUACCUUCCACCAUGCAGUCUUAAGAUGAGGGAGUCCCAGAGUUAUUUCAUUAACUCUGGAAAUUAAUGAUAUUAAUAUUUCAUUAGCAGCACCCAACAUAGCCUUACGCUGUAGAUACACAACAUGAGACAAAAAAUGAUGAGUGGUCCAUUCUGAGACAUCACAGUGAAGGUAUGAUUUGCCUGGUUGUUUGUCUUGAUAAAUAAUAUUUAAAAUUAUUAUGUUCUCAAAAUGCCCUCAAAUCAUUUAAAUGAAAAGCAGAGAACAAAUGCCAGUUUUGGAAGAUUCCAGAACAAGUAUGUCCACUAUAACCCCAAAUUCAAACUGAUGAGACCUAUUUCUGAUUUUUUUUGCGAUAAACAUGCAACUCAGUGUACAUCCCAGUGUACUACCUCAUAUUCUCAUUAUGGAAUGCAAGUGUUAAUCCUCUAAAAUUAAAAUACCUAACAUGCUAUGUUUGUAAUACUGUGGAAAAUGUGUUACCUCCAUUACUAUUCAGAAGUACUGUACUAACAGUAGGAUUUACUGUAGGCCUUAAUAAUACUAAAACACUGCCUUGCUUUGUAUAUAUUAUGCACUCAGAACCUAAGUUUCAAGACAACUUCAGCCAUAAGAACAGCCAUAAGAACUCUUUUAAUGAAUUCAUAUGAGUAGAUAUGAGAUGUCAUGUUUUCAGUGUACUGUUUAGCAAAUGUAUACACCUGAUAGUAAUAGUAAUAAAUUGAAAAGUGAAAAGCA